UUUCUGUUCUUAUUUUACUGUUUGAGGGCCAAAGGUGUCAAUUGUUGUGGCAAACAUACACAAUCACAUGAACAUUGCAUUGGUUUUAUUGACUCAUUGUCGUCAACUUUAUUCGAAGUUUUAAAAUAAAUACAUAACCUUGAAUAUAUACAUAACCAUAAAUACAUAAACUUGAAUGAAAUUAGUGAUAUGAAUGGAAUAAAUUUAAUGAUGUAUAUUGUACGAUAAUAAAUUAUAGAAAAAUAAUUUUAAUAAUUCUAACAAAUUACCAAUAGCAUCGUAAUAUAUUUAUUUCUAAGAAAAACAAUAUUUAAUGUGCAUAUCUGAGAAUAUUGCUGCUCUGUUUUUAAGUAUAUUAUACAUAUUGCUUUUUUUAAUAUAAAUUUUGAUAAUUUUGGUAAUAAAUCUUGAAAGAGAAUUAUCAAAGCUAGAACUGCAAAUGCAAGAUAGAUAAUAAUAAUAAUAAUUAGAUAAUAAUUUUGAGCUUGAAUUCUUAUAAAUGUAAGACGCAGGUGAACACAAGGUAAGUUUGGACACACCCCACAACCAUCUUUGGCCCUAGGUGUUUAGCAAUUUAUACAAAUUAUCUUCUAUAUAUAAUAUAUAAAUACAUUAUUUUUAAACGAUUUUGUAAUUCAAACAAAUUUAAAAGGAGUAAUUGAGUUUAGAAUACAAAUUGCUAAGCACCUUACUACUUUUACAUGUGGUAGCAUGUACAUAGAGUGCAUUUCGAUGAAACAAUCUCAAUAUCAAUUUUUCUAACGCUGUUCUUUAAACCUUAAAGAUAUAUACUUCGUACUAAUUUUAUACUUUAAUCGAAAUGGAUUUUAUGUUAGAUAUUAUUUAUAUAUGUGCAAAAAAAAAGGGAUAGAGGGAUUUCUCUGGAUUAUCCACAUACUUGAUAAGAGAAAGGGAUUAAUUUCUCGUCCAGCAGUAACGAUGUCUGAGAGAAACCAGCCUGAUCUCUCUGUCCACUCAGAAAUCAAAUGUUUACAUGUUGUCGAUAUUAAUAUUCCCACGCUUACGUGAUGGCACUAAAUGCCGCACAUGACCGAUAUUCGGCCGAUCCAAAAAUCACAGACGAUAGAUAUUUUAAUUGAUGCAACGUACAUCUACUACUUCUGAUUUAUAAUCUUCGUGCUUUCCGACGCCUGCGCUUUACGAUAUUGCCAGGACACUGUAUUACUUAUAUUAAUGUUGCGAUUAAUCUUAAGAGUUACCUUUUAAUUGACGCAAAAAAAAUUCGUGUUCCACGAGAUCGUUAAUAAAUUUUGCGUACGAACCGGUGUUUGCCGGACGAUAAAGUAAUUGCGCAAUAGUGUAUAAUAACCGGAAAAAAAAAAAACAAAUCGGUUAAGAAUGGUUAAGAAUCUCGAUGUUGAAGAAGAUGAAGGAUCGUAUUUCUUCCGAUUCGAAGAUUUCCACAAAACAAAAGAACAAAUCGUCCGUUAAGAGACUGCCGAAUCAAGAGGAUUUUUUCACAUUGUAAACACAAAGGCGAGUAUCAUUCUUUUCUACAUUUUAUAUUCUAUUUUAUUUAUAAACUAUCUGUUAUAUGCAAAAGAAAUUAUUGCGGAUUUGUAUCAAUAAUGUCGUUACGCGAAUUUGCAUCGUUAUUUGUAAUAAGUUUAAGCGAUGCCAUUUAUCUCUUAAAUUUGAUUCUCUUAAAUGUUUUGACACGAUGUUAUUACAAAUUAUAUUUUAUCGUACUCGCACAUUGCUUGAAUUGCGCGUAUUAUUUUGCGCGCUCUUACAAGUGCAAAAAAUAUAUCGCGAGGGAUAAUUUUUUUAACGAAUGGUAAACCAGGCUUGCAUUACACUUGCGCCGGUUUUUUGCAUUCGAAAUAAAGUGUGCGAAAAUCUUGCUAAAUGUUUGUUGCGCCUUGAAUUGGCAGCAGUAUUUGAUAUACAUUUCGUAAUAUUUUGGGCAUAUUCUAAAUGCCAUUUUCUGUCAUGGAUUUUUUUUAUGCUUUUGUGAAUAGAGAAAAUUGUACUGUUCAGUUGUGAGUACCUUGAUACAUGAAAAAUUGAUGCAUAGCAUUUUUUGUGCUCUUAAUGCGCCAAAUUUUCAUUGUCAUUUUUCACUCUAAAGUACUGAAUAAUACAUUCAAUUUUCUCUUUUGCCAUUCUUAUUGCGCAGUUUCUAAUUGCGUUUUUUUAUCUUGUUUCGAGCAUCUGUGAUAUGUUAAAAUGACAUUAAAACAAUGUGUUGGACACGAGUAUACAUGUGAAAAAUCAUGGUCCGUUUUACACUGGGCAAAUGAGAAGAAGAUGCCAUGUCAUAGUGGAUUACUUAUGAAGGUGAGAUUUUUCUGUACCUGAUUUAAUGCGUUUUUAACAUGUUCCUAAGUUAUUAGUGAGUCUUUUGAGUAAAAAUUUGCUUUUCUCGAACUCUGCCAAAUUUAUCUUUACUUUUCCCUUCUGCUGUAUCGUUAGGGGAUAUAUAAUAUAUAUGUAUACAUACUUUUAUGUACAUACCUUUAAUUAUAAUUUAAACGAUUAUUAUUAACUAACUCGACAUGAGACUACAGGUUUACAAGAUCAUUCCGUAUCGUAACUAAUAAGUCAUUUUUAUCAUAUCGUAAUAUUGUUCAUUCAAUAAUAUUUAAAUAUUAUCAUGUAAGCCUUAUGAAUUCGGAAAGCUUGAUGAGUAUUCACGUAGCGGAUGAUGAAACUUCCAAUGCUGUGUUUGACUUAGACGACAACCGCGACGACUUUUUCGAUUCGCACGUGCGCUCUUGUAACACAUUAUUGCUGCGUUUCGACAGGGAUGCCAGCAAUGCCCAAGCACCUUGCACCGGCCACCUUGCAGCACUCACAUAAGCAUAAUAUCUAUCUAUCUAUCUAUCUCUCUGUUUUUCUCUUUCUCUUUCUCUCAUCACCGCCUGUAUGCAAGAUAUACUUGUAAUGAUCACAAAAAAAAAACAGAAUCAAAAGACAAAAAGCUGUGUGUGCCCACGGGUCGUUCUCCGUUGCAAUGUCCUUGGGUUUUGUCAAUUUCAGGGAAGGAGGAGAGACCUUCGGCGGAUUGUCGGGGAUGCUGCGUCAGAUUCUCUCGCCCUCGCCCGAGAUCGGCGAGGUCGGUAUGUCCGUCAAUUGUAAUCUCCUACAAACCAACUCGAUAUUCUCGAACCAACCUUCGUCGAUGCUAACGUCGACGUUACUCCCCCCGCAUUUCCCGUCCGUCUGUCAGGACCAGUCGCUGCUCGAUCAGGUGCAGAUCUUUACCUAUCCCUGCUCCACGUGCGGGCUGGAGUUCCGAAGCGUCGUUAAGCUGAAUUACCACAUACGAACGAGUCAUACCGCGCGUCCGGAAUACGAGCACGGUAUCGAGAAUCAGCCGCGUUACUCGUGCGCGGUCUGCUCGCGGACCUUCGUCGCCCUGAAUCACCUGAGGAUGCACGAGGUCACGCAUUCCGCGCCCGUGCCCACGUGCGCGUCGACCUCGGCCAGUCUCGUCACUUUGCCCGGUGGCGGCGGCGGCGGCGGUGGUGGUGGUGGCGGUAACAUGGAAAAAACGUUCGCCUGCGAUCUCUGUCAGGCCACCUUUCGGUAUCGCACGCUACUGGAACGUCACCGGAGGAUGCACCAGGAGAUCGGCCAGGAGAAACCCUACUCCUGCCCGAGAUGUCUGAUGCGCUUCGAGACGCGCAACUUGUACAAUCACCACGCGAAAACCCACAGACCUUUGCCGGCGAGUAAUGACAAUCGGAUAGUCGCGGGUACUAACGCGGUGUCGUCGCCCGUCGAUACGAUGGUAGCUGGCAAUCUCGGUGUUGCCGGAGGCGGCGGCGUCGGCGGCGGUCCGGUGAUCCCCGCCAAGUCCAUACCUUCUUACCCCUGCGAUUCGUGCUCCAAGCAAUUCACGACCGCUGAAUCACUGACCACGCAUAAGGCGGUGCACAGGUCGCGACCACUGGUCUGCGACGUGUGCGGCAAGGGCUUCACGCAUCGCAAGUAUUAUGUGGUGCAUCAGCGCAUCCACACCGGUGAGAGACCGUAUCUCUGUGCCAUGUGCGGCAAAUCGUUCACGCAGGCGUCGACGCUCACCGUGCACCGACGUUAUCAUACGGGAGAGCGUCCAUACACCUGCACGCUGUGCGGAAAGGGAUUUGUCACGCGAACGAUUAUGCUUAAUCACAUGAAGAAGCACUGAGUCGAUUGUCGUGAUUAAAUUCAAGACGCAAUGGAUAUAUUUUAGAGAGAGAGAGAGAGAGAGAGAUAACGAAGAGCCUUAUUUGAUCUCAGAAUCUUGUCAACACUCUAAAGAAAAAUAUGAUAUCAAAGUUUAUAUCAAUUCUAAUUAAAGCUAUUUGAUAUAAUUUAAAACAAAAAGAAAAAUCCACAAAAGUAAGAUUAAAAUAAUUGACUUUUUUCUAAUUGUCUAUUGAAACUGUUUAAUAGCGGAUGUAUAUAAUUUUUUAGAAACAAAUAUUUUGUUGAAAAUAAAAAGCUAUAAAAAUUAAAAUACUUUUGAUUGGAAGUAAUCUUUUUUGUUUUUUAAUACAAAAUUAUAUAGAGUGUUGAUAUCUAAGUGCCUAAAAUUACUCAAGUUACUCGCAAUACAAUAAAUAUGGCAAAUAAAUUAAAAUAUAUAAAUUAAUUUUUUUUAUGAAUACGUCUACAUAAUAUAUAACUUCAUAUAGUUUCGGAUAAAAUAUACUUGGUAACCAAAUCAAAAUCACGAUAAAAAUAUGUAAGCAACUACAUGCUGUAAUCAUAAAUGUUGUCAUCACUGUGAUAUCGUUUGUAUAUUAUACAAAAUAUUUAGAGUAAUGUUAAUAUUAUAGACGUGAGGCGGAAUAUCUUUCUAAAUGAAAGUAAAUAUGGCGUAAUUCAGUUUCUAAUAAAAGAAGGUAGUACCUGCGCAAUAAUACGAAAAAAGUGCCUAAAAGUCCAAUUGUCUAAAUUAUUUUUUAUCGUG